AUGCGACAGUCCGUCACACAGCAGUCCUGCUACGUACACAUUUUUAGUUGGGCGGAUCGGGCGAAAGAGGGCGCUACAGUCGCCGGAAGGCAGUUCACCAUUGAGGGUACCAUGAUAACAAUGGAGUGUCAGCCAGGGGGUCAUGGGGGUCACCUGGGGCACUCCAUGAUGUUAGACCCCUCAGGAGGAGGCAUGCACCAGCAAGACCAGGACCACAAAAAGAAGAAUAGCGGCAGCAAGUCUAGUGACCUAAGUCGUUACCGUCGACCUGUCACGCCCCCUGUUAUGCAACCGUUGCACUCUGUGUCAACAUAG